CCUUCUCCUUUUUGGAGCCUCUGCAUCGGGCGCAUCGAAUAGCUGCCUCUCAUCGCGCGAUCAUAAUCAUCUCGGAUCUUGUAAUCGUGAAUCGUCGCAACCGUCCGAGCUGCUCUGAUUCUACCCGCUCCAAUCGAUCGCGUACCGAUCAACAAGACUCGUAACCACUACCUGAUCCACCCGCCAUCCACGCAGCAAGAUGUUCGGCAGAGGAAGAGGAGACGCUGAUAUGGACGACGAGGACUAUGGUCGUCGUCGAGCGGCAGCCAUGUCGAACCACCAGCCGACCCGACCCGUCGACAAGGACAAGAACGAGGCCGAGUUGGGCGUGAGCAUCAAGAAGGCCGUCACACCGGAGGAAACUGCCCCGAAACAGAAACACGUCCGAAAAAUGAUCGUCUACACGUGGGACUACCACUCGUCCUUGCCUGUCUGGAAUGGACUUCGAACGUUGCCCAUUCUGGCCGACGAGGUCCAGACCUUUAAAGCCCUGAUUGUCGUACACAAGCUCUUACAAGAGGGUCAUCCUGUCACCUUGAAGGAAGCUCAUAGUCAGACCGGGUGGUUGGAGACGUGCGGCAGGACGGUCGCGGCCGAUGCUACAAAAGGCUACGCUCCUCUCAUCCGCGCCUACGUCUCUUUCACCCUGUCUAAACUGCGGUUCCACCGACACCACCCCGAAUUCAACGGUCUUUUCGAGUACGAGGAGUAUAUCAGUUUGAAGAACAUCGACGAUCCCAACGAAGGAUACGAGACCAUCGGCGACCUCAUGACCCUCCAGGAUCAAAUCGAGACUUUCCAGAAACUCAUCUUUGUUCACUUUAGGGGAAGCAAUAACAACGAGUGCAAGAUCUCGGCCUUGGUACCGCUCGUCAAGGAGAGUUACGGUAUCUACCGAUUCAUCACCAGCAUGAUGAGGGCUAUGCACAGAAAGCUCGAGGAUGUCGGCAUCUUGGACCCGUUGAGGGCUAGGUACAACGCCCAGCACUUCAAUCUGAGGAAGUUCUACUACGAGUGUUCCAACCUGAAAUACCUGACCGGAUUGAUCAACGUUCCGAAGCUUGGUCAAGAACCGCCCAAUCUCUUGGAGACGGGCGAACCCACCCCUUCUCUCCCUCAACGACCCAAGAAUGGAGGAUCAUCCGCCCCUCCUCCCCGAAACGCUACCCCUGCCAAUGGCUCGGGCGAGCCGAGCGCUACAGCGGACGAGAUUGAGGAGCAACGCCGGAUGCUCGAGCAGUACGAGCGGAAACAGGCUUCACUCGUCGCCCAGCGAGAUAGCGAAAAGAAGAGGCAGGAAGAGGAAAAGGCCAGGCAGGAACGAGAGUUUGCGGAACAGCAACGUGCUCAGGUCGAGAGGGAACGUCAGGCGCAAGAACAGUUGAUGCGGGAUCAGAUGGCCAUGCAGGCCAACCAGCAGAGUCAACAGCAGUUUGAUCAGACGGCUCAGAUGGCCCAGCAGAUGGAGAGGGAGAUGUUGGCCAUGCGUGGACAGUACGAGCGAGAUCAAAUGUUGCUCGAACAGUAUGACCGCCGAGUCAAGGCUCUCGAGGGAGAGUUGGGAAUGAUUGGGGCCAACGUAGGAGCUCAGAUGGGAGCCAAAGAUGAGCUCAUCAUGCAGUUGCAAAACCAGAUCGAGGUCUGGAAGAACAAGUACGAUGCGCUCGCCAAACUCUACUCUCAACUCCGAGGAGAGCAUCUCGACUUGCUCAACAAGACCAAAGGGUUCCAGCUCAAGGCUAGCUCUGCUCAGGAGGCCAUCGACAAGAUGGAGAGGAUGGAGCGGGAUGUCAAGGCUAAGAACUUGGAAUUGGCGGACAUGAUCAGGGAGCGUGACAGGGCGAGGUACGAUGUUGAUCGUCUCAAGUCGAGCCACCGAGAGGAAGUCGACAGGAUCAAGCGCGAUCUGUCGUUCGCCAACGAACGAGCAGAGGAUGCUACUCGAAACAAGAGUUCCGAGGUCUCGGGCAUGCUUGGCAAGUACAACCGUCAGCUCACGGAACUUGAGGACUCCCUCAGGAGCAAACAAAUGCAAAUCGACGAUCUGCUCCGCAAACUCGACGCCAAGGAGGGCGAGGUCAGCCGAAUGAUGGAGGAGAAGGACCAAGAGCUUGCAAUCCUGCAAGAGGGUAUGGAUUCGACUCUUCAGCAGAUGAACGAACUUCGACUCACCCACGGCGAGAACGACAACGCUUUCACCGCACAGGUUGACACACUGAUUCUCGAUCAGCAAAAGGAACUUAACGAGAUCAUCGACUCGAUCUUCCAAGCUUGUGUCCAGAAGGUCGAUGAUGCGAUCUACGAGCUCGAGGCACCGAUGUCUACGGGAAACACCACUGCAACCCCGGAAUACACCCUUUCCAUCAUCGAAAAGGCAAUGACGAACGCUACCGAGUUUGCGUCCAUCUUCAACCUCUACGCUACCAAGAAGAAGGGCGGCGGUCAGGUUGAUGUUAUCAAGGCGUCCAACGAGCUGGCCCAGUCGCUGUCCGAGACGCUCUUGAGCGCCAAGGGAAUUACCCGGCUCGCAAGCAAUGAUGAAGCUGCGGACAAGCUGGUCCGGGUUGCCAAGAUGGCUGGUGACGUGGGGAUGAGGUUCUUCCUCAACCUGCAAUCAUAUCGCCUGCAGCUGGUCGGGCCAUCCCAGAAGGAGGAGAUUGCUUUGCGAAGCAAUGCAGAAUGCCGAGGCUCGCUUACCAAGCUGUCGGAAGCCGUCGAGACGUUAAUCCCCAAAGCGACCGCUCAGUCGAUCGCAAAGGCCAGCGGCGACAUCGGCGAUAUCGUAUCGCAAGAGAUGCAGAAUGCUUCGAGGGCUAUCGAAGCGGCCACCGAGCGAUUGCGAGCCAUGAUGUCCCGGCCGAAGGACAACUCCAAGUAUAGCGUCUUGGACGUACAGGUCCACGAUGCCAUCCUCGAGGCCGCCAUGGUCAUUACCGGUGCCAUCGGUCGCUUGAUCCAAGCUGCUACGGUAUCGCAGGAGGAGAUUGUCGCUCAAGGCAAGGGGUCCAGCAGUACUCAGCAAUUCUACAAGCGAAACAACCGAUGGACAGAAGGUCUCAUCUCGGCGGCCAAGGCCGUCGCCUUUGCCACUAAAUUGCUGAUCGACAGCGCCGAUGGCGUUAUCAGCGGGACGCAUUCUCUAGAACAACUCAUCGUUGCAUCGAACGAGGUGUCGGGAGCCACCGCUCAGCUCGUCGCCGCGUCUCGAGUGAAGGCCUCAUUGAUGUCCAAGACACAACAGAACUUGGAGCUGGCGGCCAAGGCCGUAACAGACGCAUGCAAGGGUCUUGUCAAACAGGUCAAAACGAUCUCUUCACAACCUACCGAAGACGAUUUGGUCGAUUACAAGUCUAUGGCCACCCACGAAUUCAAGGUGCGCGAGAUGGAGCAACAGGUGGAGAUUCUCAAGUUGGAGAAGGAUUUGGGCGCCGCCCGGAGACGACUGGGAGAGAUGAGGCGAGCCGGAUAUCACGCCGAGGCUGAUUAGUAGAUAUGCUUGCAAUGGAAAGUAUGAUCGUUAUCGUUUGUAUUGUAAAAGGUGUUCGUGCGGUCAUGAAAGAGUCGUGAAUGUUUACAAUGGAAGCAGUCUUGACGAAAU